AUUGAACAAUUCAUUGGGAAGUGCGGAGAUUCACUUGUUGUCUUUACGUUUACAGAUGAGUGCAGAUUUCGAGACAGGCUAUAUGUUUGGUAUUAGGGAUGCGUGGGUCUCUGCAGUCGCAAAGCAUAAUAAUGCAGUUAGAGCUUAUGAAAAAAACGUAGUUAGAUCUCAACGUUCAAUUGCCAGAAUUACAGAUAUGCUGGAGGAGAGUUUCACUUCUCUUUCCCUUAGUGUAAAUUGUGAAGGAAAUGAAGAAGCCUCUACAAAUACGUGUCAAACAGAAAUAAAUUAUACUCCAGCAGAAAUAUAUCCUUCGACAGCAUGUAUGGGUUACUAUGGGUUUUCGCGGAGACAAGCUAAUCAGGAUUUACUCAAUGAUAUCAUCAAUAACAUCAUCAGUAUUCGAAUUGAAGUAAUGAACCUGCGGUGCCAAAAAUUAGGAUCUGUCUUGCGUCCAUCGGAUAGCUUGAUAAAUGAAAUUGAAGAAAUCGAAACUCGAGCUUUGACUUUGAUGACUUCACCAUCUCCUAUUUUCGAUGAUUGUGACGGAGCAAUGGAUUAUCAAAUGGAAUUAAUCAUGAAAAAAUUAGAACUUCAAGCUAAAGAGUGUCUUCUAGCUUGCAAAACUCUUGCUUCCACAGGUACUCCAAAAACGAAGCAACUACAGUCAACGAUAAGUGUUACAUCAGAUGUGUCAUUGUCUAAGAGUGAUUCUGUGUUUCCAACUUUUGGAAAGGCCCGUGCACUGCUUGAAAAUUACACAAAUAUACUUUAUCCGUCAUUAUGGGAUUCAAAAUUCAAAAUGGAUGCCUUAAAAAUAAAACAGGAUAUUACAUGUGCAUGCAGUCAAAUCAGUUCACAUGACCCGCUUCAUUGUAUUGGUAGAUUAGAGUGUCUAUUAAAUAUUUUUAGACGUACCACUAUCACUGAUUGCUCAAAACAAACAAAUUUUGAGAAAUUACGAAACACCAACCAGUUAAUCGACAGUUUUGCAUGGCAAUGUCUCUAUUCUUCCUCCAUUUCUCAAGCAGAAAAGCAAUUCGCGUAUAACAUUGACAUAACGUUGGUAUAUGCUUCUCUGCUUUCUGGGAUUUUCUCACUGUUUCCCGAUAAGCUGUUUGAAUUCUUCGGUCGAAUAUUCCUUGCUUGUCCGGCAUUGGGAUUAUUUUCUGAUCCAAGUGGUCUUAACUUAAUCGAAGAAAUGUUUUCAACCACUGAUAUUCUGUCUAAUUGGCGUGGAAUAGCUCGUUUGUUUACCGCACUUUUAUUGGCACAUCCACCUCCACAUCUUGGGGUUUCUCGACACAAACUUCUUAAUCCUUCACUCCUCUGGCGAGUAAUAACAGGAAUAGUAAAUCAAGAAUUUAUUCCUUGUGCAACUGCUGAAGUGAGUAUUUGUAUUCUUGAGAUUUCUUGGAGUUAUUAUUGAAUCGUCUAAGCUACAGUUCACGUGGUAAUGAUAAAAUGGUAAACUAGGCUUUAUGUUAUCAUGUCUCAAAGUUAAUUUUAGUAGUUUCGAUGUAUCCAUUUUUCAUCUUAAGGCUUUUGAACAUGCAGUUUUCUAGUUAAGAACCUUAUAUUAUCCAGAUGUACUCCGGAUAUUAAAUUCCAAAAUACCAACGUUUAAGAAGAUAUCAAUUUCAAAACUCAUGAAAUGAAUUUUUCUAUAAAUUGCAAUUCAUUUUCAUUAGUAUUGAUUCACUCAAACCUAAUUUAGUUUAUUUGGUUGUCAAUGCAUUUCAUGGUAUUGACUAAUUCAUUGUGAUUUGCUCAGUUUGAUCAAAAUUCUGUAGUUAACAAUGAUUAAACGAAUUGAAUUAAUCUGGAUAUAAAUCAGUUUUAUUUGAUCUCCCACAAUAAAUCUUUAAAAUAUCGAGGAUUUUUAUCGGGUAAAUUAGAAUAUAUAUAUAUUAUUUUCAAUUAGAUCUUGAUUGGGGUUUACUUGAGUAUACAGUAAUAUUUAUAUGUGUGCGUCAAAACUGUGAAACCAACCAAGGCAAUUAUUAAACUAAUGGUAGAUUACACAACUAAGUAAGAAGUACGAAUUGAUAAUAGAAUGACAGUUGCACCAGUGUUGAUAAGAAUUGCAAAUAUAGUAAUAUGGAUAUAAGUUUAGAUUUGGAGAAAUAAGUAUUGAACCAACAAUUAAUAAAAUUACGUAAUGGAAAGUGUAAAAAUAAUCAGAAUGAAUAUUUACUAUAAAGAUGAAGAAAAAUAAAGGGUUUGAAAAGUUAGUGAAAUUCUUUAGUAGUUCUUAUUCUUCCAAGGAAGGAAUACAUAUAAGAGAUGAGAUCAAAUCUCGGUGUGAAACAAUGAAGGUAUAUUAUGGAUCACUCCAAAUGAUUUAAUUUUAUUUACCACAUGAGCACUAUCAGCCAAGUUCGAUAAAAUAAUGCUAAUGUCAUAUUCGUUUGACCCUUUCUAAACCAUCCACUCAUUCAUUAGUUAAGUUGUCUGAUGGUACGCUCAUUAUAGGUUUCUCCUCAAGACCAGUUGGCUUUGUAAAUGCGUAUCAAGGAACCAAAAAAUCAAUUGACUUGUUAUUUGUUUGAAUGGACACCUGGUAAACUGGAAACUGAUAAAGUAAAAUUAGCUGCGUAAAAAGUCCUUUUAAUCGCUCAUACAAGUCUGUCAUGUAGAAAAGUACUAGCAAAACUCCUGUGAAGUUGUAGUGUUAGGAAGGAAAUUUUCUCUUGAACGGCAUAUAUAUCGAACUUUUGAUCCACUGGAUAAAUAUGCUUCUUUAGAAACAUUUGCUCAUACCCUGCUUUGAUCACCAGGUUAAUAAUAAAUUCCCAUUCUUCUUUUAUAGCUACAUUUAAGCUGGUCGUUUUUACUUUGCCUGUAAGACAUCUGGUCAGAUUUCUUUCGUUUAGCGUAUAGAUGUAAAAAUAGUAGCGAUCCAGUUGUUUCUACUAUAUGCUUCAUAAAUGUGAGCACACACCUUAAUAGUAAAAAAUUGCUUUCUUCUUAAAUAAGCUGUAUCUUUUAUGAAAUACUGUCCUUGUUCAUUUAUUUAUUGAUCGCGGAACUCUUCUGUUUUCUAUUUCCUCAGAAUACCAUUAGAUCAUUCUGUACCUUGUUGUUUGUGGUUUUUUAAUUGUGAUAAAUGAAAUAGAAUAUUAAUUUGUUCAAUCUAUCGAGAUUUGAAUUGAAAUAAUAUUUGAUCAUCAUACUAUAAGUUUGUCAUAAAACCUAUUGCGAGUAAUUUCUUAGUCUCAAUAUCACAUUUACUUGAAAUUGUCAAUCUAUUCAAUUACGAAAAUAGGUUUAAUAAGCUAGCAAAAUUAACAUAACUCAACUAGAAGGAAAAAAAACAUUCCGAAAAAGUAUGGCAAUGGUUAUAGCUCAUUAACUACGAAUGACUGGGAUGUUAACAUCAUGCCUAACACUGAGUAAGUGACAUGUGAUUUUACCAUUAAAUAAAUGCGUAUAGUUAUUUAAAUUGCAGUUUUCAGGUGGGACAUAUUCUAAAAUACGAACUUCAAAAGGGGUUCCAUUAAGUGAAUGAGCUUUUAAAGAGCACGUUCUUUAGAAUUCUGUCCAAUCAAUGCAUACAUAAGUCCUAUCGACAAGAAAAGAUUGAGAAACAAUUAACUGUAGUUGUUGAUAAAUAUAUACGAUAUACUGAUUAUCAACUUUAAUUUAUUGAUAUCUAGAUCAGUCCUAUUAUUUUCGUUUUUAGUAUUACUCAAUGUCAUUAACUUGAUGAACUUUCAAAUUUAAAGUCUGAAUUUUCAUUUGGUGUUCAGUUAUUGUUCUGAUUACUCUCGGAUUGCAUUCUAAAAAUCAACCAGUUUUUCAAGAAUUUUUCAGUAAUGUUUAGAUACUUUCUGUUUCUUUAUUCUCUGAUAAGGGACUAUCUGUUGGAUAGAUUUAAGUAAUGGAUUCAAUUAAAAAGCUCCACAAAAUAAACUUACUUUUAAUGUACCUAUAGCUUUACUGCGUUUGGUUGAAGAUGUCAACAUAAUUAAUCGGUCUGGCAUAAGUCGAUUUACAUAAAUUACUGUUACCAUUAAAAGGAUUUUCCUUCGCUUGAUUAAUUUGUUUGAUAGCCUCUGGAUGAUAUUGUUACUUAUAAUACUCUCUUCAAACUUAUUGACACUGUAAAUGACUUGAUCAUACUAGAUAAAUUCACUAUCAGUGUCUUAGUAUCUUCCGUACAAUCAUAUCGGUAUAUCUGAGUUAUUAAUCCAUUUUGUAAUUUGUAUAAUUGAUUGUAUUUUUAUUUCUAAAGGUUUUACACGGAAUAUUAGAACUUGGAGGCUUUGUAUUUGUAAAUCUCUACGGUAAUCAAGCAAAACGUCUUUUCAAUACCAUCGGUAUGAUUGUUAAUAAAUCACCUGUACUACGCCAAUCACUACCAGAAAUACAAUUAUUGUCGUUGCUUGAAAAGUAUGAAAGUAUCGAUAAAAUGCCAGAUCGAAUCGGUUUUAUUGAUAAGAGUUUUUGGGAUUCUGUGUGAUGCUCACUUGUAUAUAAAAAUCAUAUUUAUUUUUAUAAUUCGAGAUUUGUAUAUAUUUACUUUUGUAAAUAUUAAUAUACUUUUAAAAUAUAGUAUCCUGUCACACUAUUCCAAUUCAUUUUUAGAUUCAUUAUGUAUUUACAGAGAUUUGUUAUGUUGUGUAUUUCAUUUAGGCAUGAAACGUAC